GAACCGCCAAAACCCAUCCAACUUGCCGCCAAUUCGUUGCUGGUAUAAACCCGAUUUCUUUUUGUUGUCCACAGCUUGUUUGAUGAAAUUUCUCACAGCGAGAAAGUACCCGAACUAAAAGCAAAAACAAGAAAAUGCAAAUCCAAGUGAAGUGUAGCUGUGGAGCAGAGAAUUGUCGAGAAUGGGUAGUAGUUGAAUUACAAGGCACAGUUGAACUUAACCCUUCUUUUUUUCAAACCCACCUCCAAAACCUCCAAAUUGGCCAACUUUGCAGACUGUCCUCUUCUUCUCAGGAAAGCUAUACUUUCACUGUUGGGUAUCAUGAGUUGACAGGGUCUAAAGUGACCUUGAAGAAGCCAUUGUUGGUUUUGAAGAAAGUUAAACGCUUUAUGGAUGUGGAUCAGAGUGAUGACAACAACAAGGGUGACUUACCUUCGUCUAAGGUUGAGUUGGAUGUUAUUGGGAUUAUCAGGCAUAAGAUUUUGUUUAAGACAAGACCCAAGGCAUUAAUAUCCAAACUGCAACCGUUGGUGAAGGAAAGAGUCAGACCUGCAGGUCAUGCUGUUCCAAACUAAUCGGCAAGCAAGCAUACAUGUCCAUUUGCAGACUCGCCAAGUUGAAGCAAGACGCUAUUUUGGUUAACUGUGUAAUUGUUCAUGAAAGAAAACCAGCUUAGGAUGUAGAUUUUUAUCCUUCAUUGCUUAUUCAUCUCAAGUCUUUUCUAUCAGGAUGAAACUCUGAAUGUCUGAUAUAUGAAUGUAACCUUAUAUCUGAAUUCCAAUACAUAAUUUUUCAGCAUUAUAAGAACUAA